UCCUGGAAAUAAUGCAUCUUUUCACAAUGGCUUUACACCCUGAAAUAAAUAGCAUGAUUCAGGCAUUGGUUUGACUGCCGUAUGCAAUGCAAAAAAGGUCUGAGAGACCAAAAAGCUCUUUGUAUCCAGCCUAAUUUUCCUAUUUUCUUGUAUUCUCCCUCCUCUGCACAGUCAGGGAGCAGCUCUGCAGUCUUUUGUCUUUAUUUAUUUUUUUUUUGUUUGGCCAGAAUGCUUUGUGGUGAUCACUUUUGUUUGCUGCAGAAAUACCCUGGAAAUGGAGUGCCCAUGGAGAGGGACACAGCAUCAUCCACUCCAAAUUACACUUCUGUGUCCGGCAUUGCUGGCCAAGCUGGAGUUAAUGAGAGGUAGGAAGAAACUUCCCCUGUAGCUCUUUUUUUUCUCCUGCUCCCUUCUGAAGGAACGUGUCUUGGCUGCAUUUGGCUUAAAUAGACCCUUGAUCUGCUUUGUUUAUGGUAAUUUCUUUAUUCCUGUGAGAGAGGGAAGGCAGCACCGAAAUGAUAUUGUUCUGGGACUGCAGAUGGGCAGAUGGUUUGAAAAAAUGAUUGCAAGAUUUAACUUGCACUCUGGGCCUGUCUUUCACAUUGGGGUGCAAAGACCAAGUUUUGUCUUCUGUCACGGGCAGCCUAAUUUAGAUUGCCUAAAACUUGAAAUCAGCUUGAAGACAAAUCCCCAAGGUCAAUGACACCACAGAUUUGGAGGUUAAGGAAUUGAGGUUAAGAACUGACAAACAAGGAUGUCGAGACAAGAUUAUGGAAAUGAGGAUCUGUAGCAAAUUCUCUCUUGUUUCCCCCUUGUAACCUAUUAAUGACAUUAGCACCCGUCUUUGACAGUCCCUCCUUGAAGGGCAAUUUACUCGCUCAGUAAAGAUGCUUUUAUGGGUCCCAGAAACAUGCGCAGGAAAACAUGUGGGCAAAUCUGCUAAGACCCAGAUAUGGGACACAGUCCUUAAAAGCCCUGCAUUGACUUAAAAGAAAUGACCUGAAAGAAGGAGGAGAGCAAAACACAGUUGAUAGGUGGGACCCCACAGCUGUAUCCCCAUCCUGGUCCCUGCACUGAAAGCAAACAUCCUUUUUUACCUCCGUGCUGCAGAAUGCAUUCGGUUAAAAAUUCGGUCUUCACAUCUCCCCAGUGAGCUGGAGCACUUCUGCUGUCCCUUCUCACAGCUGCAAUUCAGAGGGAUUAAAGCCAAGAUCAUAAACCGGUACCUAUUAACAUGGCCUGCCCAGCUCAAAUUGCUUAUCUCCUGAGCCCUUGGAGUAAGUUAGCAUUUUGUGUAAUGUGUUUUGUUGUUGCUAAUGCAAGUCACUGCUCAGAGGUCGCUGAAGUUGUCUGCUCCAGGAAGAGUUUUUGGAUACCUGGUCCAUGGCCAGAAAUUUUUGCUGUAAGUAUCUUACUCAUCUUCACAUAGGAACAGUGUGUGAAGGAUGGGCUGGAUUAUUUCUGGACAAUUCUUUGACUAAAACACAAGAUCCACAUUUUCCUGCAAGGUUGUGUCCCAUCUCAUGCAUUGCAGCUUGGUUGCUGCAAGUCGGGUUUCCUCCUGAAAUCGAUGUAGCACAAGACCUUUCCUCACUGUUUUUCUCCUGACCUUCCCGACAGAGAGCUGACCAAGGACAGCCGGAUGGGUAGGAGGUAUUUAAUGGAGGUGGCUUUAGUUGCCUGUGAAGUUGGUGGACUGAGCCACAGGGUUCACUCCUCUUCUUGUCUGUAGCAUUUUUCUACCAGUGUUAGUGAGGUCAGGCCCAUUUCUUUCUUGUGAUUAGAUGACAGAAAGCAAAGUGAACAUGUUCCUUUUCUUUAAUAUAUUAACCAGUGAUGGCUAAUGAACACCUGCCAUCCUAUUGAUCUCAGAUGUAUGAAUUUGUGGCCUUGUUAUGAAUUUUCUGGUGCUUCAGCUCCCUAACAUUGAAGCAUUCACUCAUAGUAGCUAUAGCUUUACGAAUAGUUUUUUGGUUUUUUUUUUCAGAAAUAGUUUUUCCAUCUGUUUGUUCCAUUUUCCCAUCUGUUCCUCCAGCCUCAUAGUCUUGUUCAACCUGUUUACAAAGAUUGCCUUAAAGUGAAUAUAUAUAUAUAUAUAUAUAUAUAUAUAUUUAUUUUUUUUUUUCCUAAGACAAUUGUUUCCUUCAUAUUGGUUUGAGUUGUUCUUAAACUGCCUUUCUGAACUACUCUGGGCACCUUUUCUGCUGACCCAUUUACCUUUCCAAUACGUGCUUUAAUCCAUCAACAUGACCAUACACUUUAAGGCCACGAGGAGUUCUUGUUUGGUGCACGGCGAUGGCUGCAGCACGGCUGGACCUGUGGGUAGAUCCUGGUGAGAAAGGCAGCGUGCCCAUGGAUGGUGUCCAGGUGUGCUGAGCUAUUUGUAAACAACGAGGGCUUUUGUCAUAUUCAGCAUAAAGGUCAACACUCUGUUGUGUGUUCGUGAGACUUUGAAGGCUGUUGUGCUCCACCUUCCAUGUAAAAGGGCUCACGGAAAGUCUUUGGGACGAAGGAGACCUCAACUCCUGGUUUCCAUGCAGGAGGACGUCCCCAGGACUCAUAGCAAGCAUUGGCCUUCCAGAUUAAAUGCAACAUCUACUUAUUUUAAAGUAUUUCGCUGAGUACAUAGUCUCCAAGACCUUUCAUCAGGCAUCCAUCAGCAAUGAGUUGAAACUAAGCAAAACGCUACCCUGUUCCAGAGGCCAAGCAAAUCACAUGCCUACAUGUCCUUUCCUGUUAUAGCAGAUGUAACACCAGCAUCAAGUCCCCUCCUUGGAUGAAAAUUCGUGAGUUCAUCAGCCAAGAUGGAGCUUCAGUUUUGGCCUCAUUUGGUUUCUCUCUUGGAAAAGGUGAAUGGUUGGAUGCUCUUGGUGGUUCUGGUCAUGUUUCUUUUGAUUAUUGACCUUGUGAAAAAGAGACGUCCCAGGAAUUUCCCUCCAGGGCCACAGCUCUUUCCUCUCAUGGGAACCUAUGUGGACUUUAAGCAGCCCCUCCACCUUGCACUGCUGAAGCUUAUCAGUCGGUAUGGGAACAUCUUCAGCGUGCAGUUUGGAAGCCUGACUUUUGUGGUAAUCAAUGGGUACCAAAUGGUGAGAGAAGCUCUUGUCCACCAAGCUGAAAUAUUUGCAGAUCGGCCAAAUAUUCCACUUCUCCAAGAAAUAUUUAGAGGCUUUGGGCUCAUAUCAUCAAAUGGGCAUAUAUGGAGGCAACAGAGAAAGUUCACUUUAGCAACGCUGAAAAGCAUUGCUGUAAGUUUUGAGGAAAAAGUGCAAGAGGAGAGCCGGUACCUUGUGGAGACGAUAGAGGAGGAGAAAGGACAACCAUUUGACCCUCAUUACAAAAUUAAUAGUGCUGUUUCAAACAUCAUCUGUUCCAUAACUUUUGGGAACCGCUUCGACUACCAUGACAACCGUUUCCAGGAAUUACUGCACUCGCUGGCUGAAACGCUGUUGCUCAUUGGAAGUUUUUGGGGCCAGUUGUAUAAUGCUUUUCCUUCCAUCAUGAGAUGGCUACCAGGACCCUUUAGGAAAAUCUUCAGGCACUGGGAGAAACUUGAAUAUUUUGUGAAGGAAGUGAUCAAAAAGCACAAAGAGGAUUUGCACCAGUCUGAGGCAGGAGAUUAUAUUGACUAUUACCUGAAGGAAAUAGAAAAGUUUAAGGAUGACACCAACUCAUAUUUUCAUGAGGAAAACCUCCUGUGUUCCACCCUGGACCUCUUCCUAACCGGGACGGAGACAACGGCAACCGCCAUCCGCUGGGCUCUGCUCUACAUGGCCACGUACCCCCACAUUCAGGAGAAAGUGCAGCUCGAAAUCGAUUCGGUGAUCGGCCAGUCCCGCCAGCCCACCAUGGCCGACAAGGAGAACAUGCCAUACAGCAGCGCGGUGCUGAGCGAGGUCCUGCGGAUGGGCAACGUCGUGCCACUGGGGGUGCCCAGGAUGUCCACCAGUGACACCACCCUGGCCGGCUUCCACGUGCCCAAAGGCACCACCCUGAUGACCAGCCUGACUUCGAUAAUGUUUGACAAAAACGUGUGGGAGACUCCAGACACCUUUAAUCCUGAACAUUUCCUGGAAAAUGGCCAGUACAGGAGACGGGAGGCUUUUCUGCCCUUCUCUGCAGGCAAGCGGUCUUGUCCUGGGGAGCAGCUUGCCAGGACCGAGCUCUUCAUCUUCUUCACAGCCCUCCUGCAGAAGUUCACCUUCCAGGCACCAUCGGAAGCCACACUCACCUUUGCCUUCACACUCAGCCUCACACGCUGCCCCAAGCCCUUCCAGAUCUGUGCGCUCCCUCGCUACUGAGGCAGGUGUGAGGCUGCCCCACUUCAGCCCCCCACUUCAGCCCUCUGCAAGCUGGAAAGUGCCCCUUCUCCCAUCCACCCCACAGAGUUUGGGCCAAAAUGAUGGGCCACAGAUGUCUAGUGCUGGUGGGAAGGGCACACCGCAAUGAGGACAACCCUUGGGGCUCUGCCCUUCAUCCUCUGCCUCCUCCCCUUAUCAGUUUGACAAAAAGCAAGAAUUUAAAAGCCUUAUUACUUAAUUUCUGCCAUGAGCAACUCCCAGGAAGGCGCCUGCCAGCUGAAAAUCCAUGGGCACAGUGGGGUCCACAGUGACUCUUCUAUAGGGGAAUAUGUCCACCACCCAGAGACCAUCUAGCAACCCCUAAGUCACAACACCACAGCACCCCAAAUGGCUGUGUUUGCUGAGGUGUCCCUGGUCAGUGGGGGCACAGGUGGCCUUGGACGGACAAGCUCUGGGUUUGUGCCUCAGCACCGAUUUGGACUUCCAAGUGGCUACGUCUGAUCCUGAGCUGCAGGUGGCCUCAGGUUCUGGGUGGUUUAUGCUUCCUGCAUAAUUGCAUUGCUAUUUUGCAAUGAAAAUAUUAAUAUCUAAGCUGAGAUCUUUGCAGCAGCAAUUUGCCUUUUUAAUCUCAUAAGUGAAUGGAAAUUUUGAUUAGGAGGCUACAGGGUAGUAGAAGCAGCUUCUACCAAAGGCCGACCCAAGUGGGAUGGCACAAGGAGCUGUGCUUCCAGCAGGUCUCAAAUGGCUAUAAAAAUGCAGUAUUGCAAUUGUAUAGUCAGGAAAGGUUUAUCCAAAAAGGUUUGUGCUUGUAAAAUACAAAAUGGGAAAGUUGCAAAAAAAUAAUUGCAUGGUGUUGCUCAGGAGGAGUUUAACCAAAGCCCAACAGAAUAAGUAGCAGCAGAAGGGUCAUAGAAUCAGCAUGUCCUGAGUUGGAAGGGACCCACAAGGAUCAUCAAGUCCAACUCCUGACCCUGCACAGGACAGCCCCACAGUUCACACCAUGUGUCUGAGGACAUUGUCCAGUCUCUUCUUGAACACUUGUCAGGUUUGGGGCCGUGACAUCUCCCUGGGGAGCCUGUUCCAGUGUCCAGCACCCUCUGGGUGAAGAAUCUUUUCCCAAUGUCCAACCUAAACCUCCCCUGACACAUCUUCCUGCCAUUCCCUCAGGUGCCGUCAUUGAGCACUAAAGAGAAGUUCAGCGUCUGUCCCUCCUGCUGCCCUUGUUAGGAAGCUGUAGCCACCAAAAGGUCUCAGUCUCCUCUUCUGCAUGCUGAACAAACUAAGCGACUUCAGCUGCUCCUCAUAUGGCUUCCCCUCCAAAGCCUUCACCAACUUUGUAGCCUCUUCUGCACGCUCUCCAGUGGCUUUGGAUCUUUCUUUUUAUCCUGUGUCCCCAGCCCUGCACACAGUGCUCCAGGUGAGGCCACCCCAGCGCAGAGAGGGACAAUCCCCUCCCUGCCAGGCUGGCCAUGCUGUGCUGGAUGCAUCCCAGGGUCGUGCCCACAGCUGCUCACCGCUGGCUGUCAGAAAGGAAACAGCUGCAUGAGGGCUUUGCGGUGGGAAGUCAGGAGCUUGCCACUUCCCCUCUGCAUCUGGCAGAGGUCUGUGACAGUGCGUGAUGGGCAUGUCCAUAGUGUGGGGCCAAGGAGGUGGGUCGGGGUAGGGCCCCUCUGUGAUGGAGACACUGAAUCUGCCCAUACUGGGAUCUCUUUGGAAAAUAGUUAAAUAUUCAACUUGUAGAAAUUCUUUCCAUUUAUUUGACCAAGCACUAAUAAUUAGAAACGCCAUCUCCUGUGUGCUUUUCUUUGGAAUGUAGUCGCAACACAGAUAAUUGAUUCUUCUCGCCUUUCAUAAGUGACUUUUCUAUGUGCACAUAUGUAGAAUACUGAAUAGUUAACAGGAAAACAGGAUUAAAUCAAGUUUCAUUUCCACUGGCUUUAGCCUCCCUCUCUGGCAUAACUGCCUUCGCCGCGGUACAAAGCAGUCACUGUGCAGUGGCAGAUCUCUGCCACGUGGGAGAGUCCUCUGCACAUCACAUCCCUGCCGCGCUGGGCACACGGAUUUGGUCAAUGAGCCGCCCUUAUAACUGAUCUUUUUAAUCCUGUUGUGUUUUUAAUUAAUGUUUUGCAUUAGAAGCUCCCGAUUGUUUUUUUCUUUUUAAAAGAGAAAACAUAAAAGAUCUGUAGACUUUUUUUUUUCAACUGUGAAGUUUUCAAAGCCAUUCAGGACUAGGCACUGGUUUCUCUCCAUUAUUUAUUUGCUCUAGUGUACUUCUGACCUCUGGUAUGUGACUACAGCUUGUGUUAUUUGCACAGGCUUAGCAACCAACUGUUGAUCUGUUCCCUCUUCUAUUUCAAAUUUGCCUUUCCCUGCUACUUUAGUGUUUCCUUCCUUACUCAUGGAGAGAAUAAACGGUUAAAAUCUCCUCCUUUUUUUUUUUUAAUCAUUACAUUAAAAAGAACACCACUGCCACCAAUUGAAAAUGUAAUGAUUGCAUACUAUAAAAGCAGGAGGCAUUAAAUUGUUUAUUUUGUGAGUGGAGCAUCUCUUGUGAGUGAAGGGGAACAGAUAAAUCU